AUGUCUGAUUCUAUUGGACUUAAAGAUAAUUCCAGAGGAAAUGUUAUUACUGUUAUGACCAAGGAUCCGUUAGUAUUCUGUAUCAUUGCAUUCGCAUCGAUUGGGGGUUUACUUUUUGGGUAUGAUCAGGGAGUUAUUAGCGGGAUCGUUACUAUGGAAUCUUUUGCCGCAAAGUUCCCCAGGAUUUUUUCCGAUCCUGACUAUAAAGGGUGGUUUGUUUCCACAUUUUUGCUAUGUGCAUGGUUUGGUUCAUUGAUAAACUCUCCUGUUGUUGAUAGAUUUGGAAGGAGAGAUACUAUAAGAAUAGCUUGUGUUGUAUUUGUUAUCGGAUCAAUCUUUCAAUGUGCAGGUAAAUCAAUAAGUAUGCUUUUCGCUGGGAGAGCAGUUGCUGGUUUCGGUGUCGGGCAAUUGACUAUGGUAGUUCCCAUGUAUAUGUCGGAAUUAGCUCCACCCUCUGUGAGAGGUGGAUUAGUUGUCAUACAGCAAUUAUCAAUUACAAUUGGAAUUUUGAUUUCAUUUUGGAUUAACUAUGGUACACAAUUUAUUGGAGGAACUAGAUGUGCCCCUGAUCAAGAUUACAAAGGCGAUUCAUUUGAUCCAUAUGUGGAUGUUCCACAAGGGGGUUGUUAUGGUCAAAAGGACGCUUCGUGGAGAGUACCAUUUGGGUUGCAGAUUGCACCAGCUUUCAUCUUAGGUAUUGGCAUGUCCUUUUUUCCAAGAUCACCAAGAUGGCUUUUAUCAAGAAAAAGAGAAGAUGAGGCUUGGGAAUCACUAAAUUAUUUGAGACGAAGAAUUAAUCCUAAUCUUGUUGAUGCUGAAUUUAACGAAAUUAAAUCAGACGUAUUAUUUGAACAAAAAUAUAAUGAUAAAAAAUUCGAAGGAAAAUCGGGAAUAUCGUUAUAUAUAUCCUCAUACUGGGACCUCUUUUCUUCCAAACCAAAUUUUAGGAGGGUCUUUAUAGGCUCUGCAGUUAUGUUCUUCCAACAGUUCAUUGGUUGUAAUGCCAUUAUUUAUUAUGCUCCGACAAUAUUUAGUCAAUUAGGAAUGGAUUCGAAUACGACAGCACUAUUAGGGACUGGUGUGUAUGGGAUUGUUAACUGUCUUUCGACUAUUCCUGCUAUCUUUGCCAUUGAUAAGUUUGGUAGAAAAACCUUAUUAAUGGCUGGAGCAGCUGGGACUUUCGUUUCGUUGGUUAUUGUAGGUGCAAUAGUUGGCAAAUAUGGCGAUACUUUAUCUAAACACAAAACUGCUGGUAGAGCUGCAAUAGCCUUCAUAUUCAUAUAUGAUUUUAAUUUUUCGUAUAGCUGGGCACCAAUUGGAUGGGUUCUACCAUCAGAAAUAUUCUCUAUUGGGAUCAGAUCUAAAGCAAUAUCGAUUACUACAUCAUCGACGUGGAUGAAUAAUUUUAUUAUUGGUUUAAUCACACCACGUAUGUUAGAUACAAUGAAAUGGGGAACAUAUAUAUUUUUUGCGGCUUUUGCCAUAAUUGCAUUUGUCUUCACUUGGUUUGUUAUCCCCGAGACUAAAGGAGUACCAUUGGAAGAGAUGGAUUUAGUAUUUGGCGAUCUAAAUGCAUUACAAGAAAAGCAGAACUUCUCUCAAAUGAAUGAUUUAUCGAGAAUGGACUCGCUUAAAGCUACAACAGAUAUUUCGGAAUGA